AUGAAUCGCGGUCCACUUCAUGGCGCCCCGCCGGUGAGAGGCCAAGCGCCCCCUCCACGUGGCCCAGUGCGCGGCGCUCCGGUGGCGUAUGGAAAUCAGGAUGCGCGUGGCAACCUUGCGGUCCAGCCUGCUGCUGUACUGAGUGCUUUCAAGUUUAAGAAGGCCGCUGUCAAGGUCGUCGGUGCCGCUACUGCCAGAUCGAGUUCAGCAGCUGCAAGUUCCUCGCCCGUCCCUAGACCGGUUAAGGCGAAGCCGAGAGAAGUCGAACAUCAAGAGCCCGUGCAGCAUACUGUGGCCGUCACUUCUAGUCUUGCUGGUGUAGCACCAGUCUCCAUCAAGACCGAGCUCCCCGCCUCGCACACUGGUGAGGAGUCGGCUCUUGACGAUCUGUUUGCGCGCCUGAACGCACAGGAAGCCUCCAAAUUAUCAAGCAGCGACCAGUCGGCAUCACCACCGCGCCCUACGGGCAACAUCUUCUCAUUCGAAGACGGUCCGGGUGUCCAAGAUGCCAGUAGCGAUAUCCCCCGAAGCACGAGUGCAAUUGAGGCUAGAGAGACUAUGACCUCAAAUGCACGAGGCCCCAUUACCAACACAGUUGUCCCGAAGACUGACGAGGCCGCUCAACCUGCAGGAAAAGACGAGACUGAUGAGCCCGAGUCGAGGGAGAGCAUGUAUCUUCGAAAGGCCGCUGACUAUCUCGAAGCCCUACCAUAUGGCAACAGUGUUCCUGUCGAUAUCAUCAAAAGCGUGUCGAAGAAGUUGCGCAGCGUCUACGCUCCCAACGCUAAGCUCAGCAGCGAAGAGGCCGAGAAACUCAAAGCUCGGUAUGCCUUUGCCAUCGUCAACUACGUCAACAAGUUCUACAAGAAAGCCGCGAAGCCGAUUACUUCAGAAGUUGCCAAGAAAGCUCUGCAUGAUGCCAACGGAGACAUGUUGCGCGUAUGUGCAAUGCUUGUUGAGGAGAAGUACCUGUCCAUUAAGGACAUGGAUAGCAUCGCUGGAUUGUGCAGUAUGAUAAAUGAUGCCCUUCCGAAGGCUGAGGCCCCCUCCGCCCUGGCUACUCCAAAACCUGGACCAAAUGCUCCUGUCGCAGCUGUCCGUGAUUCUACUUCAUCUGUUUCCGCCAGAAAGGACCCACUGGUAGGCCUGACAGCAUGGCCAACGCAAGAGAAGCGUGAGACUCCUCCGGCAUACCGCGUCUGCAUCCUUAAGGGAGUCUCGGGCAUCAAGAGCAUCAACCAACUCCAAGCUCUUGUUUGGGGCGGUAGACUCGAGUCCCUGGCUCUUCCGGUCCCUGGCUCCGACUUCGCUGUUGUUCGCUUCCUCACACCUGAGGCGUGCGACAAGUACUUCAAGGCCACAGAGAACGGUAUUGAAGUUCAAGGUGACAAGAAGACUCUUAUUUUCGUCGAAAAGCAGGCGGGUCCAACCUCAAUCAACGACACUAUCCGCAACUGCACCGAAGGCGAUGCCUCGCGAUGCAUACGCGCUCUCGACGCCGAUGAGGACUGGUCUGACAUGCAGCUCAUGAAGCUUGCGCGAGGCAAGAGCUCGAUCAAGCGCGAGGUAGACCGCAUCAAGCAGGGCAUUACUGCUCGAGGACGCCACUACAUUGACUUUCGCUUCGCCAGCAUCUACCAUGCACUCAACUUCAAGCAGCAGCUCCACCAGGAAGAGGACUGGGAAUCCUGCACCAUCGUCUACGCUCCCGAUCCGUGCGAGAUAGCGCACAGCGUUCACUACCAGGACGAGGAUGGUGAGGCCACUGGUUUCUUCGCCUGA